CUCCAAUAAAAAUUCGAUGGUUUUGUCCGGAGAUGAUUUCGGGUAGUAAAUGUAGAAAUGAUCCAGAUGUCGUCAGAGCAUACAUUGAGACUGCUUUGACUAAUUCCCUUGCAUCUAAACACACAUUCAUUCUGGCUCCAUAUUGGGAAGAUUUGCAUUGGAUACUUUUGAUCAUAUGUCCUUUAACGAACACUGUGCACGUCUUCGACUCAUUACAAAAACCUAACAGCCCACCUCGCAACACAAGAUUCAAAGCAUUGUUGAAUGCCGCAAUGAAAAGAGUGCGUGGACAAAUGGGAUCUACAUCCAGAGCCACAUUUCCAAAAUGGAUAGCAAGAAAGUGCUUUCAACAACCUCCUUCUUCCGUUGACUGCGGCUACUACGCGCUGAAGUUUAUGGACGAUAUUAUAAAUUCCGUGAAGGAAUUUGGAGUCGAAAAUAUAGAUGCCGUUUUAAACGACAUUCCGAGGGAAACACGCGCUUUGAGAAGUGAAGAGAUGCGCGAAUUAAAAGACAAGAUUGCCGUGUAUCUUGCUAAUAUUUGUCCUUGAUAAAUUGUAAUUAGUAUUGAUUAUUUUUUAUAGUUUAUUUAAUGUAUAUAUAUAUAUAUAUAUGUACGUACAUAUUAUAUUAUAUAUAUAUACGAGCGAGAGUUUAUUCUU